AGAAAGAGGAGAGAGAGGAAGACGAGCAUCCUUCAUCAGACUGAGGAAAAGAAGGAGACGCCAGGACGGACACCAACAAACAAGAAGAGACUGAUGUUACCGGGAGGAUGCAGAAAGAGACAUUGAUCCUCUCCGUCAUCUCGACCUGAGGGUGUGUGUGUGUGUGUGUGUGUGUGUGUGUGAGAAAGAGAGAGAUCAGCUGAUUGGACCACACAUGUUGGAAGGCGGAGCCAUGAUGGGCAAAGAUUACAUGCUGGCUAUCCUCAUAGUCAACUAUGACGACAACAUCUGGACGGACCAGAACCUGCAGCUGGACCCGGAUCUGCCGCCCGGCUGGAGAACCAUCAGAGACUCCACAGGAACCUAUUACUGGCAUGUUCCCACUGGUGCCACCCAGUGGCAGCACCCCCGCCUCAGUGCACCUGCACUUCGAGACACACAGCAGGAAGAGCCUGCAGCGCAGAGCUGCAACAGAGAGACUCAGAGAGCAUCUGACAGCAGGUGUUCAUGGCAUGAAGAUUACCUGUCUAACCACGACCCUGGCUCCAAGUGCUUCGCGGUGCGUUCACUGGGCUGGUUGGAGGUGGAGGAGGAGGACCUGUCUCCGGGUCACAGCAGCCUAGCUGUCAGCAAUGUCAUCCAGCAGCUGUCUCACUGCAGCAGCCCCGAGCAGAGAGACAGACAGGGAGCCUGGGGGGAGGGUCGGGAGAUGAUGCUGGUCCUGAAGAAAGACACUCUCUCCCUAUUGGACCCUUUAGACCACACCCCCCUUCACUGUCAGCCAAUCAUCAACAUCAGAGUGUGGGGGGUGGGGUGCAACAAUGGCCGGGACUUUGCCUUUGUAGCGGGCGAUAAGGACAGCUGUGUGCUGAAGUGUCAUGUGUUUCGCUGCAACGCUCCGGCCCGAACAAUUGCCUCGGCGCUGCACGAGAUGUGCUCCAAGAUGAUUUCAGACCAGACGCUGAUGAGGCCGUCGCGCUCUCUGACGAUGGACAGCGUCUCCCCUGAAGACCUUCCCCGACAAGUGGAGUUCCUGGAGGCGGUGCGGCAGCAGGUGCAGAAGUUUGAUGUUCAGUAUAUCGGAAACCUGCCGGUGUCCAGAGCCAUGGGUAUGGAGGUGUUAAACCGAGCUAUAGAAAGCAUCCUGAAUGCCACAGACCGAGAUGAGUGGGAACCAUCAGUGAUCCACGUCACCGACCACAUCCUAUCCCUGUGGAGAGGAGAGGAGGGGGAGGAGCCUCUGUGGGAUUGUCAGGUACGCUUCCUCACCUUCCUGGGCGUCGGCCAUGACUGCCAUACCUUCGCUGUCAUCGUAGACGGAGGAACGCAGCGCUUCGAGUGUCACGUGUUCUGGUGUGAGCCGGACGCAGGAAACCUGUCGGAGGCUGUGCAGGCUGCCUGCAUGGUACAGUACCAGAAGUGUCUGGUGGCGCAGACCCCUCCCCCGAGGAUGAAGUCAUGGCGCGUGGCCCCAUCAAAGGUCAAACGGGCGAACUCCAUGGACGCGUUCCCCCCCCUCACCUCCAGCGUCAUGGGGCCCAGGACAGCGAAGCCCGGCGCCAGGAAGGGGAUGCUGGCGUUCUUCGAGACGUUUCGUAAACAGGCCGCCUCCUCAUAGUGGCG